CUACAGCCUAGCCUGGCUCCUGGUGCAGCGCCUGCCCGACCCGACCCUCGUAGAGCGCAUCCAUCGCCGCCGCCGCCGCCGCCGCGGUGGUCCCUCGUCCAUCGUCCUCCUCCACCACUGUCCACCACCGCCUCUGUCGCCCGACCAUCGCCCAGCGCCCCUGGCAUCCGUCCUGCCCGCCACCGCUGCGGCUCCGGCACGCACCCGUCCCCAGACAGUCGAUGCGCUCGAGCGCAUUGCUGCAAUCGCUUUGAUAGCGACAACGGCCGACGUCCCGACUCCCAUCAGAUUCUGUCGCGUGCGCGCACAGCGUCUAGCGCGCGCCCAGCAAAAUCGAUCAAGGUGGCUGCGCUCACGCUUCUCAGCCAGGCCGACACAGAACUCUCCCUUCAACAACACUUUGAUCUUGCGCCAGAUCUCCUCCAGCACCAUACGCGCCUGGCGACUGACCUUCGCUCUGCCGAGCCGCUGGCGAUGGCGGCACAACAGGUGCCGCAUCCGUCGACGGACAGAAAACGGGUCAAGGUCUAUGAGCUGCGUCACAAUGACUGGUUCGAUCGUGGCACCGGGUUCUGUACCGCAGAGUUUGACACAAUGGAAGAUGGCUCACAGCGUGAGCCUCGAGUCAUUGUCGAGUCUGAGGAGGAACCCGAUCGCGUCCUUCUGGAAACGCGAAUUUGCAAGGAGGACGGUUUUCACAAGCAGCAGGAAACCUUGAUUGUAUGGACCGAGCCGUCAAAUGGUGUUGACAUGGCCCUUAGUUUCCAGGAGUCGGAGGGCUGUGCAUUGAUAUGGAAAUUUAUCAACAGCGUCCAGCAGGGCUAUCACGGAGGACACGGUCAAGAUGACAGCCUCUCAGACGAACUUGCCAUGGACAUGGUCAAUUCGAUUUCACUACCCCCAGCAUCAUUCCCCAACCUGCCCGAAAUCGAGUCGCAGAUGCGUAUCAUGAGCGGAAGUGCCAACGGGCGCGAUGCACUGACAAAGUUCGUCAUUUCGGAAGACUACAUCAGCAAGCUGAUCCCGUUGGUCAGCGAAGCCGAAGACCUCGAGGCGCUCAACGACCUUCAUCGCCUUUGUAACAUCAUGAAGAUCAUCAUUCUUCUCAACGACACUAGCAUUAUAGAGCGUGCGGUUUCGGACGAAUGUGUCAUUGGCGUUGUCGGAGCCCUCGAAUACGAUCCAGACUUCCCGAGCCACAAGGCUAAUCACCGGCAGUGGCUUGAGGGAGAGGGUCGUUUCAAGGAGGUUGUACGCAUCGAGGACACGACAAUCCUCACCAAGAUCCACCAGACCUACCGGUUGCAAUAUCUGAAGGACGUCGUGUUAGCCCGCAUACUCGACGACAACACGUUUUCCGUGCUCAACUCGCUCAUCUUCUUCAAUCAAGUCGAUAUUGUGCAGCACUUGCAGUCAAACGGCAGUUUCCUCAACGAGCUUUUCAGCAUCUUCAAAUCACCAGCACAGCAAGAACCCCGGCGGAAAAAGGAAGCAGUUCUCUUCAUCCAACAAUGCUGCGCAAUCGCGAAGAACCUGCAGCCGCCUUCACGCCAGACGUUGUACAACAAUUUCAUUGCCCACGGCCUGCUCCAAGUCAUCAACUUUGGCCUACGACACAGCGACGUGUCUGUCCGCGUGGGCGCGACCGACAUCCUCGUAUCGAUGAUUGACCAUGACCCCCAAAUGAUCCGGAUGACGAUUUACCGUCAGAUGCACGAGAAGCAGCCGCCCUUGACCGAGUCCUUGAUCGACCUGCUUCUGGUCGAGGUCGAUCUUGGGGUCAAAUCUCAGAUUUCUGACGCUCUUAAAGUAUUGCUUGACCAAGGGCCUCCCAUGCAGCCUGAGGCUUUUGCCAAGUCCAAUGGCGAAUUCCUCCCCCGCACAGCUAGCAGAUUGCCUCCAGGGCACGACCCGCAGCAGGAGCGUUUUCUUCACAUCUUCUUCGAGACGUCGGCUACCCGGCUUUUCCAGCCGAUCAUGAAUCUGCGCGACAGGACAGACAUGUCCUUCACCGUGCAGCAGGCGGCCAUGUUUACAUGCCUCGUUGAGAUAUUAUGUUUCUUCGUCCGGCAGCAUCCGUACCGAUGCCGGAAUCUCAUUCUGAGACACGAUAUGAUACCGCGGAUCACGCAGCUGCUUGGCGCACAGGAGAAGUUUUUGAAGCUGGUUGCCAUUCGGUUCCUGCGGCAGCUGGUUGUGGUGCCGGACGAGUUCUAUCUUCAGCACUUGAUCAAAUCUAACGCGAUUGGAGCACUUUUUGAUCUUCUCGAGGCUUUGCUGCCUCGCGACAACCUGCUCACUUCAGCCUGCCUGGAAUUCUUUGAUGUCAUUAGGAAAGACGACAUGAAGACCACGAGCAGGAUCAUCGUCAAAGCAUAUGCGCCGAGGAUCGAGAAGCUGCUGUUUAUUGAAACAUUUCAGGUCUAUGGCGUGCGCUUCAUCAACAAAGAGGGCAUGGAUAAGCCAGACGAGUACUGGGGCGCAUCUGACGACGACGACGACGUUCCAUUGAGGAGCGAGAACGGCGAAACUCCUCUCGCUAAGCCACUGGUGGACUAUGCCUCGGACGAAGAUCUUGACGACAAUGCAGAUGCAGGGGCCUUGUCCGCAGACGAAGACAAGGCGGAAGGUGUUGAUCCGAGGGAGGAAGGUGCCAAAGCCGCUAGCGAAGGCGCCGCACAGCCACCGCUCGAACGGCUGUCAGAGAAGCGAAGGCGGGAAGAAGACCAGGAGGAGGACCUGUCACAGCUGAUACAGCACAAGCGCAGAAACAGCUCCUCGGCGAGCUCGAACGCGUCGAGUACGCAUAGCUCGACACGCAAGAAGAAACCGGGCGCCACAAACGGACGAGAUGGAGGAGGAGGAGGAGGAGGAGGAGGAGGACCAGCUCAAGGGGCCACGGCGAAGAAGAUAUCCAUUAGCAUUGGGCUCGGAGCGAAGAAUGGCGGCAGCGGUGACAGCCAGGAGGCUGCGGCGGUAGAGACAGACGACAAGUCAUGA